AUGGCAACUUUAUAUAGGAAUGAUACCGAUACGGAUUCUAUUGUUGCAUGGAGAAGCAUGACCCUGGAGACUGCCACCCCCUCUUCUACUUCUAUUUCUAGUAUCGAGGAGACUGAUGAAAUAAAAAAAUAUCGUUAUUUUUGGUGGAAAACUGGCAACAUACACCCGAAGGCCAGGUGGGAGAAAGCUACAAAAAUGUCAAGAAAUUUCCGUCACGAAACGGGACAAUCGGCAAAAAACGUUUCGAAUUCUAAUAAAGAAAUCAAAGAACAUUUAUCACAGGAAAAACCAAUGAGCGAAUGUCCAAAUAAUAACAUUUAUAUGUCUGAGAAGCCUUAUGAAAUCGAACCCACUAAAAGUCAGUGUAUAGAGCGAGCAUUAACAAAACAAUUGCGAAGUGAUAGAGAUAUUCUCUCUCCAGCUUCCUCUGAGAUUACAGAGCAUUAA